AUGGUUUUCUCCCCCGACACGUUGGUGCUCAUCUCAUCGCGCCGUUUUGUUAUCAGUUGGGGUCUCUUCGCAUCAAACACACACACCAGAUCAUCCAAUUACACCCUUCCAAUGCCUUCUGGUAACGACCCUACACGCAUCCUCAAAUCCCCAGCCUCACCGCGUAAGGGUACGCCUGCCCUGGCUUGGAAGAAGAUGAAGACAACCGUGUCUUCGAUCUCUAUCCACCCUCAAUCCUCAAAUACAUCUUCAUUGGUAUCCUCAACUGACUCUCAGGAACGUAUUAUUGAAUUCGGAUCCAAUGGAGAAUUGUUUAUAGCUUAUAAACACACAAUUGAAGUCUGGGAUUGGGUUCCGUCUCCUGCUGAUAGUCUGAAUCCCAAUAUUGACAAGGCGGGUGGCACGCUAUUUCUUGUCGCCAGUAAAAGAAUCUCUCCAAAAGUUACUAAGUCCCCUACUCCUAGCGUGGCGUCAUUAAAUGUUAAUUCCAGUCAUGCCAAUUUUGGUAAUGGUGGUGAUAGUAAUCAUGAUUUCCAGAUUGCCAGUGUCAAACCAUUGAAUUGUUAUCGGGCUUAUGGAUACUACGUGGUAGUGAUUUGUAUUAAACAGCAUGGGGAUCACUAUUUCCAACUCCAUUCGAUGGGCCAAGGACCUUUAAUAGAAGAACCGCUUGUGUUGCCGCCAUCUUCGCUUGGAGGGUUUCCUUAUACUUUCAAAAACACUACAGAGUUCUUCAUCAUUGGGAGUAAUGAAGGAUGCGUGUCAAUCUUCAACAAGAAAAAUAACCAAAUCAUGGGGAAUAUGAACAUCCAAUGCAAGGUUUUUGAUGGCAAACCGUUGGUCGACGUUAGUGGGAGGUGGUUAGCAUACGUGCCAAGUAACACCAAAGAAAUUGUCUCGAGUUUUAAGAAAUUGCAGAAAAAGAAGAAAGUUAAAAAAAAAGGACCUGAUGUUUAUGAGCUGAAAGAAGAAGACUUAGAACUUGAUGUUACUCCGUUGAAAUUGCCUGUUUCCGGUCCUUUACUUGAUAGAUUACUAAAAUCGCUUAGUUCAACAGCCAUUGAUGGGGCACUUAAACUCUCGGAACUUGGGGCUAAUAAAGUCAAAUCGUAUCUAGGACAAACUGCGGCGGACGAGUUUCCAGAAAAUUCGAAAAAUGUCAAAGAAUCGGUGCUCAAUUUUAUAAAUUCCGGUAAUCGUCUGCUAAAAAGAGACCUUGCGAGCUCCCAGUUUAUUGUGAUUUUAGAUCUUAAUACUGAACAACCAGUAGCGGUGUUCUCGCCUCCAGGGGGCACUAAUGGUAUUUCGAAUUUGUCACUUUCACCUUAUGACACUCAUUUGGCCACCGUAAACGCCAGAGGUGACAGUGUUUAUGUUUGGGAUUUGGCACGCAUGCCAACCGAGAUCUCCCUUGUGGCAAAACAUAGUCGAGGAAGAACACCAUCGUCAAUAGAUCAAAUAUUAUGGAACACUGGUGACUCGGCCAUUGGGAUUAUUACACGAACUUCGGGGUCGUUACAUUGGUUUGCUAAUUAUGUAAAUUCAUAUUGGAUAUUAUCAGGGCUUAAGGCCUCAAAACUCAGUUUGGGUCCAAAGUUAGCCCAAUUAGCGACCACGGUGAUUCCUAGACCGUUGCAUGAAUCACUUGUCGCAAGUUGUAUUUUGUCAAUUGAUCAAACAUUGGGCACCCUAGUGGUGGUUUCUCCAAAUGAUGGGAGCGUGGCUUGGAAAUACAGUAUUCCAACUAAACCAAUAUCGUUAUUACCAGAAUACUUGUCUUCUAGUACGGUCGAGGAGAUAAAAUCCCAUAAACUGUUGAUCGAUAUCCAAUCACAUGCUUUCGAGGACUCGCUGAAAUUCUUCCAUGCCCAAGAUCCGCUUAGUCGAAUUGAACUUGAAACAAGUGAUUUAUUGGCCAGCACUAGUCCACUUUACCAAAGCCGGGCAGUACAAUUUGGCACCUACAACUUCAAACAAUGGAAGGCAAGAGGUAGUUUCCGGCAUGAAGAAGACUUAUACAUCACUAUGGAACCCCUUGAUUCUACAGGAGUUUAUAAGGGAUGCAAACCAGUGACGACGACAAAAACUCCGAUUGACACCCCUGUCAGUGGUAAAAAGAAACCAAUAUCCCGCCGUGGGUCACUGAAACGAGGCACUCCAUCUCCUGGCCCGGCGGCCACUCCUCCGCCAAUUAGUGAGGAGGUUAAUAAUCUUACCAAUGAUGAUCCUAAUCUUUUCAGAAAGAACUAUGAGGUAUUCGCCCGGGGUUUCACGGUUGACGUUUUCCAAUUUGGUCGAGGCACUGGGCUACCGGUAUUCUCAGGACUGAUGCAAAAUGAUCUGGGGGUAUUUGAAGAUAGCAGUGAAGAAACAGAAGAGAAUAGCGAGAAACUUGGGGUGGAGAAUUUACGACAUGCGAUGGAAAACAUGUUGGUGAAAGAGGUCGAUGUUCAGCAACGACAGGAGGAUCUGGUAGUGACGAUUUGUUGA